AUGAAAAUGAAAAUAACUAGAUAAAACGAGAAAAAGUCAAGAAAAGUGAUUAUAUAUAAAUCCACAUAAAUCCCACUUCUUUUGCGUCAAUAAUCUCUUCUCCACCGUGCUUUUACUACCAUCACUAUGGCUCCAAAAAUCUGGGAGGUUCUAUGUGAAUCUAAACGCAUAAUAUAUAUCCAACCUCGUCUCUACAUGACUUUAUCCCUCAUCUUCCUCCUACCUCUCUCUUUAUUCUCCCUCGUCUUCCAACUCAUUCUCGAACACCUUCAACAACAACAACCCCCCACAAGCCCUACCAUCAUCAUCUUUUUGUCUACCUUCUCCCUCCUUAUUUCUUCCAUCUUCACAAACUGUGCCUUUAUCUCCAUCACUUACAGCGUCUAUCAUUCCUAUUUUAAUCAACCCAUCAAGCUCAAAGAAGCCAUCAAAUCCAUCUACACUUCCUUCUUCCCGUUACUCGCCACCGACAUCAUCGUCUUCACCAUCUUCUUCAUCGGCCUUUUUCUAAUUGCAUUUGUCGUUAUAGUUAUCUCGUCUCUCCUUGCUAUUCUAGGAGGUGUUGACCUCCAAGCUCACUCUUUCUUGGUUCUGGCUUCAAUAAUGCUUGUUGUUCUUCCUCCUGUGAUGUAUUUGACAAUUAACUUGAGCUUGGUGAAAAAUAUUGUGGUGGUGGAAUCAGUUUGGGGUUUCGAGCCAUUGAGAAGAAGUUGGAGAUUGGUGAAAGGAAUGAAGAUGUUGAUCUUCUCAAUCUUUUGCUUGUUUGGGUCCUUGGAAUGGAUGUUGACGUGGAUAACUGGUCAUAGCUGGGUACUGAAAUUAGUGACUUCUCCAAUACUUAUUAUGCUUUCGCUUUACAAUAUUGCGGUUAUUACGGUGGUGUAUAUAUACUGCAAAGAGAAAUAUGGGGAGCUUGCAGAUGAAGAAUUUGGAAAGGAAAAGGACGGAGCUAGCUUGCCACUAAUUGCAUAAUAGAAAUGGUUGAUUAAUUCUUUGUCUAAAGUUGUCUGUUUUUUAUUGUAUGAUCAAUAAAUGAUUACAGUUAUUUACAUGAUGUAAUAUACAAAAUGAUUGUAUACUUGUUCAAACUAAUACAAUUAAAUCACGA